AUGUUGAAAGCCGCUCGUGAACACGGACUCGCCUUUGCCCCACCCAAACUAUCCCUCAACCUCAAGCGCCAACUCCCAGCAUUCUACCACCUUGGGACCCCACCAAAAACAUAUCGUGCCCCUAAGAUCGACUGCCUUGCCCACAACCAUUCCGUAACAGCUGGGCGUGUUGGUGACCUAAUCAGGUCAGCAAAACGCCUAUACGACCCUCCUUCGCGACGCCCGCAUUUCCCAUUACGACGUUGCGCCUGCCAUGACUGCAAACUUGACCGGACCCAUGGCUGUCUUAACCCCCACCAAUGUGCAAAAAUGGCACUCACCAUACUCUCCACACUAUCACCAAUAGCGAACACUUUCUCCCAAGGUCCCGAUGACAACCUUACCCUAACGCAUCACCGCCUAGAAAAGAACCGUGAGGCCCGGGCCGAAAGAGGAGCGGUAGUCUUUGACCCAUCCUUGACUAUAAGGACCAGCCUGGCGGACUGCUUCCGCAUUUUCCUAGACCCCAAACUGGUCUCGCCAGACCCAGCCUACCGGCUCGAAGCCCCGGCACCAGGCCUAAACGUUCAGAGAGAGCAUCUCACCAUCUAUACCGACGGCUCCUGCCUAGACAACGGUAAAGCAAACGCCAGGGCAGGCAGCGGAAUAUACGUCCGCCCCGACCACCCCCUAAAUAGAGCCAUCCGUAUCCCUGGCCCGGAACAAUCCAACCAAGUAGGAGAGUUAGUAGCCAUCAUAGUGGCACUACAGACCGCGCCACCCUUCGCGCCUAUCACCUUCAUCACGGAC